AUGCACCUGUCCAGCAUCUUCGUCGGUCUCGCCGGCCUCCUGGCAUCUGCCAGCGCCAGUCCCACCAACAACAACACUGUUUACAAGCACUUCGACUGCGGUGUUGACCUCAGCCGUGCCAGUGAACACUUCAACAAGACUGUGCGCCUGAUGCACCAGUAUGUUUUCAAGGCCCAUAGUGGCACACAGGUUGCUGAUCACGCCGUCCGCGCUGCCGCCGCCGGCCCCAUCAUUGUCAAUGUUGCUUUCCACAUCGUCACCACCGCCGCUAAGGCAGGCACCAUCACUCAGAAGAUGGCCGACGACCAACUCAACACAUUGAACAAGGCCUACAAGUCCAGCAACGUUCAGUUCAACCGCAUUGCCACCACCUUCACUGUCAACGACGCCUGGGCUGUCGGUGCAGGCUCUGACGCCACUGCCAUGAAGACCGCUCUGCGCAACGGCACCUACUCCACUCACAACAUCUACUUCAUGACCGACCUCACUGGCAGCAUCCUCGGCACGUGCAGUCUGCCUUCAGACAUCGGCCCGGGCACUCCUGAUCCCAGCACUUACAUCACCGACGGCUGCAUGAUCCAGGCCAACACCAUGCCUGGCGGCAACAUCUACGGCUUCAACCUGGGCAUGACCGCCGUUCAUGAGACCGGCCACUGGAUGGGUCUGCUGCACACCUUUGAAGGCUACAGUUGCACUGGCAGCGGUGACUUCAUCCCCGACACUCCCAUGCAGAGCACCAGCACCGAUGGUUGCNCCUCCAAGCCUCCCAAGGACAGCUGCCCCCAAGUCGCCGGCGUCGACGCCAUCCACAACUACAUGGACUACUCGGACGACUCUUGCUACACCAGCUUCACUGCUGGCCAGAACAAGAGAAUGGCGAACAUGUGGGCCACCUACAGACUUGGUCGCUAA